CGUCACCGCAGCCUGCUUGGCCUCCUCGCCGUCACCGUCGAGCCAAGCUCUGGCGACUACUGCCUGGUGACUGAGUACGCUUGCCAGGGCUCUCUCGAGAGGACCUUGCGCAGCUUCGCGGAGGAGGAGGAGACGGUGGGCGAGCUGGUGCAGCUGGAGGUGGCGAGGCAGAUCUGCGACGGGAUGGAGCAGCUGUCGCUGCACGGGGUUGUACACCGGGAGCUGGCGGCGAGGAGCGUGCUUGUCUGGAGUCUGCAAGGGCAGGAUCACCUCGGAGUGAGGGUCAAGGUAGCCGACUACGGGCGAUGGAUCAUGGGCUCGCGCGGUGACGGAGUGAGUCGGGUAGGGAGCGAGAGCUCGGCAGGCUCGAGGGCUGGACGGGCGCGAUGGAUGGCGCCGGAGAGCUUGCUGAGACAUCGCUACUCGGAGAAGAGCGACGUGUGGGCGUUCGGGGUGACGCUGUGGGAGGUCUGGACUUACGGCAAAGUCCCUUACUGGGCCAUCACCGACGAUGAGCUUGUAGGACCCAAGGUUGUGGACGGGGAGCGACUAGCGGCUCCUGCUGCAUGCCCUCCAGCAGUGUAUGCGAUCAUGCGAGAGUGCUGGCGGGAGAAGAUCAAGGAGCGGCUGAGCUUC